AUGACUGGUCCAACUGGUAACAAUCAAUUAGGCUUAGAAAAUGUAACUUCUAUCAUUAAUCAUCCUGAGGCUUCAGAAGUGAGAAACAAUACUUGUCAUGAUGCGUAUAUAGCUCGUUUGGAGCAACAAAUUGCUGACCUACAAGAAGAAGUGGAACGUGCAAGAAGCCUAACCACCUUGUCUCGUACUUUGGAUGCUAUCCUUCUUCCCGAACCAAGAAACACUGUACCUAUUCCCUCUCAAUUUUCGUCUUUAAGCUUACCCAUUCCUGACCACUCUCAGCCUCAUAACAUUCAACCCAAAAAUAUGCCGGCUUCAAAUCCACAAUAUGCCACCCUACCCACGAGCAAGCAAAAUUCACUACCAAUUACAAAUCAGUAUCCACAAUAUGUUACCGCACCUCUUCACCACCAAAACACUCCAACUCGAAAUCACCCGAUAACUCAAUAUAUAUCGUUUGCACAUGUCGCCUCACCUAAUGAGCAAUGUGUUCCACCGAUAUAUAUGAUGGAAGCCCAACCAUUUACUACCCCAAUGCCUAUCAAAUACAAGACAUACAUUGAUCAAUAUGAGAAGAAGGAAAAUAGUGCCAAAGAGGAUGAGCGUAAUAGGGAAAUUCGUAGUUUGAAAGAGGCAAUCAAACGCCUUCAAAUUACCAAGGAAGGAGAAGGACUUGAAUAUGAGGAUCUAUGUGUGCAUCCAGAUAUUGACUUGCCAACUGGAUAUAAGCCUCCAAAAUUUGAUAUGUUUGAUUGUACCGGAAAUCCUCGAGCUCACCUAAGGUCUUAUUGCGAUAAAUUGGUGGGGGUAGGAAAGAGUGAAGCCAUAAGGAUGAAACUGUUCAUUAGGAGUUUGACUGGUGAAGCUUUAAACUGGUAUACGACACAAAAUACAAGCAAGUGGGCUAGCUGGAGUUCCAUGGCACGUGAUUUCAUGGACAGAUUCAUGUUCAACAUUGAGGCCACGCCAGAUCGGUUCUAUUUGGAAAAGAUAGAGAAAAAGCCAACAGAGACUUUUCGAGAAUACGCCAUGCGUUGGAGGUCAGAGGCCGCACAAGUCAAACCGCCAAUGGAUGAGAAUGAGAUGACUACUAUUUUUAUACGAUGUCAAAAGGGUGUCUACUACGAUAAAAUGAUAGUUAUGUUGGGAAAACAAUUUGCAGAAGUUGUCAAAAUUGGGGACAUUCUAGAAGAGGGAAUCAAAUCAGGAAAGAUAAUAGAUACAGAAGCUUUACAAGAAGCAAGCAAAGCAAUACAGUCAGGGUAUGUAGAGGAAACUAGCAAAAAGAAGAAAGAAGGAGCAUCGACUGUCAUGACCGCCCAAUACAUCAGUCGGAGCCCUAGACGCAAGCUCAUUUAUCAAGACACAUACAAUCCUUACACUUCAAAUUCUUAUCACGUCCAAGCUCCACUUACCCCAUACUCCAUAUAUAAUACCCAACCAAGUUAUCACCAACCUCAAAUAUCAGCACAUCAAGCUCCUCAACUGUCACAAUACCAACAGUCUCAACAAUUCCAACAACCCCAACAGUAUCAACAACGCUAG